CCCCCCCCCCCCCUCUCCAUCUAGCACAACAGCAUCAUGCUUUCUCCGUCCUCGUUGGCACUUCCUAGACAGGCCCCUCCAGUGAGGCCCUCUCGGUCCUUGGAGGGACUAGAGCAAGUCGUUCCUCCUCGAGUGCCAGUGCCCCCUGCUCGCCCGGCACUGCGACAUAUUGAUAAGCCGCUCCCUGAGCUGCCUCCCAAGCCACUGCCUGAGACCCCGUCGAUGGAUGAGGGCUCCACUGCAUGGAGUGAUGACAGUAGUACCAUUUCCAGCUUCUACGAUGACAGCCGACGCUUUUCGGCGGAUUCGUCCGAGAGUUACCCUGUUUUUGUCCGCUCUGGUUCGGACGAUCUGUCCGAGCUUGUCGAUCAUCCACCCACUACCGGGCCCAUCGACCCGUACCAGCAUGACGACCAUCACCAGCACCACAAUGACCAUCCAAAGUCCGCACCCUUCGCCAUCACCACUACUUUCCUCCACGAUGACCACUCCGACCGAGCCCAACCCUGGGUCGCUAACCGGGUUGGCCCCAACCAUUACUUCCGGGAGAAGAAAUGGGACUUUUUCCCUGAGCUGGCUACUCCGUCGGCUCUCCCGGCAUCCCCGCGUUUUCCCACUCACCCCCGCAAAAAGAACGGCAGUAAACUGAACCUCACCGUGUUCGACUUCGCCAGCCGCAACCGUUGGAACUCAUCCGAUCGAAGUGGACGCGCCCUCGCUCAGGACGUGCGCAAUUCCAUUCGCUCCUAUGUGCAACGGCGCUUGUCGAAAAAUUCCCUGGAACGAAACAAGAGCAAUCGGUCCUCACCCCCCACAGCAGGUUCAGUGGAUCCUGUGCGCACCCCCACGCCAUCGAGCAAGAUCACCACCACCGACGAAUAUUAUCAUCCUGGAAGUCCAAGGUCUCCUCUGAGCCCAGUGGAUGUCUCACCCUCGAAUAAACGCCUAUCGCGCAUGUCCACUCGCUCAACCAUGGGUGCGCGCGGCCCGCACCCGCGGCCUCUGGCGUCCCCACGGAAGAAGCAGCUAGCAGUGCCGAUGUCGCCGUAUCAGAAGUACGGUGCGGCGAUCUGGGAGAAGCCAGGUCGCGAGAAGCGCAUCAGUUACCGACAGAGCCCUAAUGUUCGGUUCCCUCGCUAUCGGAAACGACGCUCGUCAAAGAAGGGCUUUGUGUCCUCCGCAACGCCACCCCUGACGCCACCCGCCCGGUCUCAACUACAGCAGAACACUCGGGACUGCGUCCGAGCUAUCCAAGACGGCACCCAUCAUAUCCUCGACGCCCUUGACGGCGCGCGGAAGAAGAUGAUCGGGGUGCGAGGCGAUCGACGGCACACAGAGCUGAAAUCACAAAUCCGACUAGUCGGACCAGUCAGUCCAUACAAUAACAAUUACGGACAGACCGAUCCAUGGAUUUAGAACGAAAAGCUCACUAUCUCUCCUCUCAGACUUUCCUUUCUCGUUCCGUCUUCUUUCCUUUCUAUGUUUAUGAUAUCCCAUUCGCUUCAUUGUCCAUGUUAUCCAAUUAGCCUGUCCUUAUUAUUUCCGGUCACUCUCUACGUCUACAACUCUCGUCUUGUCCUGCAACUCUAGUCAUUACCGUGAUAUCCCGUUGGCAUUUUCAGGGUCUCUGCUUGGCGUUGGGGAUGCACCUAUAGAUGCUUUAUCUAUAGCCACUUCAACUUUUUGGUAUAUUACAUUGAGGAAUACUAGCUUAUAAUGACC